CGCCGGUCUUUUUUGGUUGGCGCAGCUCUAGCCACCAUGACUGCCUCCUUCUUUUAGAGACGCAAUACAUGGUGUCAGAAGUGCCAAAAACCUCGCCAAAAUGGAUACCGUUAAGCCUCCAGAGCAGCUGCAGUUCGCAGGCAACAUACGAAGAAAUUGGCAGAUGUUCAAGCAAAAAUUGGAACUCCUCUUCGCGGCGACGCCCACCAAACCACCCAGGACGGAAGCCACCAAGACAGCAAUCCUGCUCAGCAUCGCCGGUGAAGAAGCCCUCGACAUCUACAACAACUUCUCGUUCGCAGAAGGUGAGAGCAAUGAAGACUACCAGAUAGUGCUGAGGAAAUUCGAGGAGUACUGUGUCGACGAGGGGAACGAGGUUUACGAGAGGCACGUUUUUCGCCUUCGCAUGCAGGAGGAGGGAGAGCCGUUUGAGCAUUAUUUGCGAGAGCUAAAAAAACAGGCGAAGCUAUGCAGUUUCGGCACGCUAGAAGAAUCCAUGAUAAGAGAUCAGGUUGUUUUUGGCACAAACAACCCGAAGAUCUGGGAGAAGAUGCUGCGAGAAAAGGGCUUAACCUUACAGAAGGCGGAGCAGAUGUGUAAAGCUGCCGAGGUUUCAGCACGACAGAAUGCUGCUUGGUCGAGUCAAACGCUUCAAAUAGACUACGCCCACCGGGCAGAGCAGAACCAAAAAAGAUUUCGGUACCGACAGUGCAACAAGGAGCAUGCGCAAAGGCAGUGUCCAGCAUAUGGCAAGGCAUGCUUUGCUUGCAAUAAGCCGAACCAUUUUGCCAUAUGCUGCAAGCGGCGCCCGAGGCGACACAUCGACCAAGUACAAGAAGUUGAGGCAGAUGACGGAUUUGACAUUUUGGACAUCGGUGUAUACGGUGUAAGCGACGGGGAAAGCGCAGACUGGACGGUGAGCGGAAAGAUAGGCGGCCAGGAAAUCAGAUUCAAAGUGGACACAGGUUCACAAGCCAACAUAAUUCCUUGGUCUCUUUUCCGCCGUUUCAAGACAGCAGCGGGCCUGAAGAAAAGCAGUGCAGUUUUGAAGGCUUACAACGGCAGUGCCAUCAAGCAUGUCGGAUGUGGCAGAGAACUGCUGCUACUAAACGACGUGACAGACGCUGUGACCUUUUUCGUAGUCAAGAAGGGUCGUCAGGCCAUAUUAGGGCUGCACGCAUGUCAGCAAUUUGGGCUUGUCCCGAAAGCUGUGGAUUCGGUAAGGUGGAGCGAGCCGGCACCAGAAAAGGCCUUUCCAGACUUAUUUCAGGGUACGGGCUGUGUCGGAAGGCGAUACUGGAUGGUCCUGCGGGAGGAUGCUGUUCCAGUCGUGCACCCAGCCCGACGGGUACCGUUGGCCCUCAGGGAGCCUCUUCGACAAGAACUGCAACGCAUGGAAACGGCCUCCAUUAUCAAGAAGGUCGACGAACCGACAGAAUGGUUCGUGCCUGGCAAGGACCUGGUUCUGGCGGACAUGUUGUCGCGUGCACCCGUGCCAUCGCAGUCAUCGAGUGCCUUGACAGACGUCGACAUCCAUGCGACAGAGGUCGUCUCCGGCAUCGUAAGCACGCCAAUGAAGGUACGCCUGGAAAAGGAAACCAGGAACGACCCGUAUUUGAGCGAGGUGAGAGAACGAAUCUCACGGGGUGAAGCCAUCGAAGGUGAACUCAAGCCCUUUGCCGGAGAGCUGUCGGUGGUAGAAGGAGCACUACUCAAGGGCUGCAAAGUGGUAAUACCCAAAGCAAUGAGAGGAGAAAUUCUUCGACGAAUACAUGAUGGACACCUCGGACUAAAUAAAUGCAAGGCGAGAGCACGCAGAUUGGUAUUCUGGCCUGGACUCAGCAGUGCGAUUGACUCCUUCAUUCGGGGGUGCAGUACUUGCCAGAGGUAUGCAUACAAGCAACCGAGUGAGCCCCUUAUCAUGCAGCCAACACCGGACAGGCCAUGGCACCGAGUGGGAAUUGACCUUUUUCAGUUCGGGGGAGCCUCCUAUGUCAUCGUAUAUGAUGCCCACUCCAAUUUCCCUGACGUAGAGAAGCUAAGAAGCACAACGGCCGAAGAAGUCAUAGAUAAAAUAUCUGGCAUUUUCUCACGGUACGGCAUCCCGGUUCAAGUAUGUACUGACAAUGUGCCCCAGUUUGGAUCCCAAGAUUUCCGAGAGUUCGCGCAAAAAUAUGACUUUCAGCAUAUCACAUCGAGUCCAGAAUUUCCGCGGUCAAAUGGACUGGCAGAAAAGGGGGUCCAGAUUGUUAAGCGCAUCCUAAAGAAGACCAGUGACUCCCAUGGGGACUUUUGGUUGGGUCUUUUGGCAUAUCGGUCAUCCCCACUAGAAGAUGGUCGCUCUCCGGGCGAACUACUGCAAGGCCGGCACCUUCGCACGACCCUUCCUAAGUAUCAAGAUGAUCCCGGCACUACAGUGGAAAAGCAUCGCCAGUCUUCGAAGGGAAGACUGGCGAUGCCGUAG